CUUAGUGCCGCGCUCCACGGCUCGAGGAGACUUUUCGAGUUCAUCGAUAGCCUACAAAGCGCCCCCAAGGAUAUUGCAGCACUCUCUACUGAUCUCAAAGCCCUCUACAGUACCUUGGCAGACCUUUCAGGUAUGCAGCAGAAGUUAGAUGAUAACAAUCUACUAUGCGACUCCCUCAAAGCCCCUCUGGAAAACUGCCUGGACAUAUUUGAUGAGUUUAUGAUGACUCUGCAAACAUACACCCAAACCUCCAGAGAUGGCACCAGAAGGGUUCGUAUAUGGAAGAAAAUUACAUGGGCAUUCAAAGACAAGGAAAUCCAACUCUUCAGAGACACGAUCCUCACUUACAAGGCAUCUCUCAACCUGGCAGCUCAUGCCGCCACACUCUUGACUACCACAUCUAUAGACGAGCGAACAAAAAGAAUGGAGGCUGAUUUCAAGAAGAACUUCAACCAAAUUCAGUCUAAACUCGAGGCCUUGGAAAUCGAUCGCAUCGAAUUGAUCAGCAUAGCUGAGGAGAAAGGCUCAGAGUGGCAUGGAACGAACGCUUAUUUUGCCUUGAACCGGUUUCUCGAAUACACAGCGUCACUAUACAAUUCUCCGCCCGUUUCGUUUCCUGGAUCACCGAUCGGUCCUCCUUCGAACGCUGACGAUGAAACUGAUAUCCCCAUGGAGAUACCACUCUCAGGAUCACAUUUUCAAGACAACAUGGGACAUCGAGAGACAGUUUCUGCCCAACUAAGCACACCAUCCUUAGAUAUCAACACCAACGUCACAGGGCCACAAGUUGGAGGCUUAAGGAGGACAGGCAUCUACAGCAAAUCCGGUUUUGAUUUGCUUAGGGCUCUGCAGCUGGUUGCUACUCGCAAAGAUCCCAAGAUCAGUCUUGGUGAAGUCGACUUGUCCUGCGCCAUCGUCGUUUGCGACACGACUAUGAAUGACUGUCCCGUCAUCUAUGCAUCUGAUGCAUUCCAGAAUCUCACAGGAUACAAUCGUCACGAGAUAAUUGGCCAGAAUUGUCGGUUUCUUCAGGCGCCUGAUGGAAAGGUUGAGGCCGGGACGAAGCGAGAGUUUGUCGAUGAGGGCACUGUAUUCAGUCUGAGGACGAUGGUCCAGCUGAGACAAGAAGGGCAGCAAAGCUUGAUUAACUACCGGAAAGGGGGCAAACCUUUUCUGAACUUGCUCACUAUACUCCCUAUCCCAUGGGACACGGAUGAGAUUCGGUAUUUGGUAGGUUUCCUAAUCGACCUUGUCGAAAGCCCCGAGGCUCUUUCAGCACCGCCCGGGCCGCCGGGGCAGCUGGUUAAGGUCAAUUAUAAAUACUCUUAUAUUGACCAAUACAUUUGGACCCCGCCUCCACCAAACCAGUGGGAUCAUGAGAAUGGACAGACGCUUAGUCCAGCCGAUGUCUCAACUAUAUUAUCACACUCCUACCCCAGGGAAAGUGUCUCGAGCUGGUCAAAGCAGUCAUGGGACAUGAUGCUGCUUGAAAAUUCUGACGACAUGAUUCACGUGUUGUCAUUGGAGGGAAUCUUUCUUUACAUUUCCCCGUCAUGCAAGCGAAUCCUUGAGUAUGAUGCUGCCGAGUUAGUAGGCAUCCCCCUAUCUUCAAUCUGCCACCCAUUCGAUGUUGAGCCAGUCACACAAGAGCUGCAAAACUGCGCCCUGGGAAACACCAUCGAUCUCGUCUUCCGGAUUCGGCAGAAACACAGCGGCUUUACCUAUUUCGAAAGCCGGGGAUCGUCACAAGGCUCAGAGACAAGAUAUAUCAUCCUGAUAGGGCGGAAGCGGCCUAUGUUUAUGCUCAGCCGACGCCAUCUGGAGUUGGAUGGUGGCAUCGGGGAUAAUGAGAUAUGGGCGAAGAUCUCGACAUCCGGUAUCCUCUUGUUCGUUUCGUCCAAUAUUCGGUCCUUGCUUGAUCUCCAGGCGAGCCAAUUGGUCGGUACCAGCAUUCAAGACUUAGUUCGCAAAGAAUUGAGGCCGGAGUUUGGACGAUCCUUGGAGACAGCAAGGUGGGGGGCGAUUACCAGCUGCCACUGCGAGAUAACAAACCGCCAAGGUCAGGUUCUGCAGACGAAUAUCGUACUCUACCCUGGCAAUAGCUUUCCAACACAAAAGCCCUUGUUCCUACUUGCUCGAAUACAUCUCCCGAAGGAAUCACGAUGGGGCAGUACUUCUACCAGUACUGUAGCAAGGUCGGACCAAGAUACUGCCUUACCGUGGGAUGACAACAUCUUCAGCAACUGUAUGAUGACCACUUCCAGUUGGCAAUCUGACCUGGCACAGAUUAAGCAUGAGAACGAGGAUUUGAUGGAGGAGUUAAACAAGUUGUUGUCCAGUAAGAAAAAACGAAAGAGAGCUUAA